AUGGGAAAACUCAGCAGGCUCGAACUUUACAACUUCAAGUCCUACAAGGAUCAUCAUACCCUCCUCUUUGGCGAUGCCUACUUUACGUCCAUCAUCGGUCCCAAUGGCUCCGGCAAAUCAAAUGCCAUGGAUGCCAUCUCCUUCGUCCUCGGAAUCAAGUCGUCCCAUCUUCGAUCUACCCACUUGCGAGAACUGGUCUACCGCGGUCGCGUCCUGCGAAAGUCGGUUGCGAAUGGCGAACCUGAGGCAAAUGGAGUGAAUGGUCAUGAGGGAGAACAGGGGUCACAAGUAAAUGGUACACAAGAACGCAAUGACCCCAAGUCCGCCUGGGUCAUGGCUGUUUACGAAGAUGACGCUGGUAUUGAACAGAAAUACAAGCGCACAAUCACCAACCAGGGUGUCUCAGAGUAUCGCAUCAACGAGCGCAUUGUCACGGCGCAACAAUACAACGAUUCGCUGGAAGACGAGAACAUCCUCAUCAAGGCGCGCAAUUUCCUAGUCUUUCAGGGCGACAUCGAAGCUAUUGCCACACAGAAACCUCAAGAUCUGACGCGCUUGAUAGAACAAGUGUCGGGCAGCAUCGAGUAUAAAGCUGCUUACGACCAAUUCAAGACAGAGCUAGAUCAGGCCGCGGAGCAACAGGCCUUCCAACUCAAUCGACGUCGAGGCAUCAACGCAGAGAUCCGUCAAUACCAGGAGCAAAAACGGGAAGCGGACCACUUUCAGAAGAAAGCCGCAGAGCGGGAUGAGGCCAUUGUGACUCAUGUUUUGUGGAAGCUGUAUCACCUCCAACGCCAGAUCGAGGAGUCCAGCGCCGAGAUCCAGAAACACCAAGAGGAACUCAAAGAAUUCCGUCGCGGCGUAGAGAAACAUGAAAAAAGCCUUGAUCUUGCAAAGAGGGACCAUGCCCAAGCGUCACGAGGCGUUGGUAAGAUAGAAAAGCUGAUCAAGAGUAAAGAAAAGGAGAUCGAGGACAAAACUUCGUCCCUCGUCCCAAUUGAUGAACAAAUCUCUGUCUCCAACCAGCAGCUCACCAAAUACGCCAAUAGAGCGAACACCAUCAUUAAGGAGCGCAACACGCAGGCUGCGGCAGUGGCGCAACUCGAAAAAGACCUGAACAUUGUCGACAAGGCACAGGCUCAAUGGCAGAAAGAGUGGGAGCAGAAUGCCACUCGAUUAGGCGGUCAGUUGAGUGAGGCUGAUCUACAGGAGUACACUCGACUUCGCGAAGAACUCAACAAGCGUGCAUCUGCCGACCUAAGUCGCAUCGAGAGGCUCAAGAAUGACCGAGCUCCAAUUGAAGCCACCUACAGCAAUCUGAGAAACAGUGUCCAAAGUACAGAAUUCAAAUUGACCUCCCUCGAGAAUGAAUCUGGCGCGCUCAGCCAACGCCGAGACGCAGUCAAGGAAGCAGUGCAACAAGCACAGACGGAGAUCGAUGCUAAAAAGAAAGAACUUCACGCUGCCUCGUCUAAGCGACUACAGGCAGCUCGGACUCGAACUGAGCUCGAUGAGAAACUCGCUGAAGUGGCUCGAAAACUUCUGGAAGCUGAUGAUGGACGACGGACGAGUGAGAAGGAAGUGAAAAUGCGGGAGACCAUCUCUAUGCUCAAGCGCACUUACCCCGGCGUCAAGGGCCGUGUUCAUGAGCUGUGCAAGCCCAAGCAGAAGAAGUAUGCAGAAGCUGUUAGUACAGUGCUAGGCCGCCACUUCGACGCCGUUGUUGUCGACACCGAAGCCACGGCCAAGCAAUGCAUCGAAUAUCUGCGAGAUCAUCGCUCAGGCCAAGCAACCUUCAUUCCACUGGACACAAUUCAGGUCAAAGCACUUAACUCGAAUUUGAAAGGCAUGCACAAGGGCAUGCUUCCGGCCAUUGAGACUGUGGAUUAUGACCAGUCGGUUGCGCGGGCAAUCUCAUAUGCCUGUGGCAAUUCAAUUGUGUGUGAUAAUCUCAACAUAGCAAAAGACCUUUGUUACAACCGCCACGUCGAUGCAAAGGCUGUCACGUUGGAUGGCAGUGUCAUCCACAAGGGCGGGUUAAUGACUGGCGGUCGUGGCAAAGACCAACCUUCGCGUCGAUGGGACGAAGGUGAAGUUGACAGGCUCAACAAGCUCAAAGACAAGUUGAUGGAGGAAUUCGCUGCUCUGCCACAAGAAAGCUCUCGCCGAGCAGAGGAACAAUCUCUUCAAAAUGAGCUGAGUGGUCUUGAAAGCAGAAUACGAUAUGCUAAAGAAGAACUCGAAGCUCUCAACAAGAACCUCAAGAGCAAGACGCGCGAAGUCGAUCACAUCAAGCGGCAGUUGGCAGAGGAACGUGCGAAGCUGCGACAGGAACAGACCAAGCUGGAGAAGAUUGAUGAAGACAUUUCAGACUACCAAGAAUCCGUGAGCAAUGUGGAGAACGAAAUUUUCGCAGAUUUCUGCCAAAAGCACGGUUUCGGCGACAUUCGAGACUAUGAAGCCCAACAAGGAUCACUCCAGCAAGAAGCUGCUCAGAAGAAGCUCGAAUUUGUCACGCAGAAGGCCAGGAUUGAAGGUCAACUCAACUUUGAAAGAACUCGGCUUCAGCAAACAGAUGACCGUCUCCUGGCUCUUCGAGACAAGGAGCAACGCGAUAAAGAGACAAUUGACGAUCUGAAUGAACAGCGACAAGGCAUUCAGGACGACCUCGAUACACUGAAGAAUGAGCUGGACGAGCUUCAUGCUCAACUGGACGAGCAGAAGGAGCUCCUAGACGCGGCAGCCGAAAAACUGGCCAAGCAGAAGGCGGAGUUUCAGAAGCGCGCCAAAGAGAUGGAGAGCACCUUUCGAGCAAUCAAUGCUCUUGAGGGAGAAAUGCAACGCCGCUCUUCGGCGAGGUACAGCCUUCUUCGCCGCUGCAAGAUUGAAAGUAUCGCUAUUCCGCUGACUGAACAAUCUGCGAGCCUGGACAGCGUGCCCAUCAACGACCUGCCGCUUGAAGAUGCCGAAGCGAUGGAGGCUGACGGAGAGGAGCCAACCGCUUCAGCUCUCAAGACUUUGACCGUCAACGACUACGGUGUUGAGCCCGAUUUCGACGCACUAGAUGACGAACUCAAGGAAGAAAACAGCGAAGCCAUGGAGUCCAAAUUACAAGAAGAUAUAGCCAAACUGAACGCUGCGCUAGAAAAGAUGCAGCCCAACGCGCACGCCGCACAACGUCUUGCCGCCGUAGAGGCUCGUGCGCACGACACGGAGCAGGACUAUGAAGACUCGCGCGCGAAAUACCGUGACCUCAAAGCGAAGUUCGAGGAUGCAAUGGAAAAGCGCAAUGAACUUUUCAACAAGGCCUUUAGCCACAUCUCGGAACAAAUCGAGCCCAUUUAUUCCAACCUGACCAAAUCGGAGGAAUUCCCGGCCGGAGGACGCGCCUACCUCACAGCAGAUGAGGAAGAGCCGUACCUAGCCGGUGUGAAUUACCACACCAUGCCACCUACGAAGCGCUUUCGGGAUAUGGAGCAUUUGUCAGGAGGAGAGAAGACAAUGGCAGCUUUGGCGCUGCUCUUUGCGAUCCAUAGCUUUCAACCAAGUCCUUUCUUCGUCCUGGAUGAGGUGGAUGCGGCGUUGGAUAAUGCUAACGUGGGCAAGUUGGUGAAUUACGUGAAGAAUCAUGCGGGACCUGGAAUGCAGUUCAUCGUGAUCAGUCUAAAGACCGGCUUCUUUCAGGGCAGCGAGGCUCUGGUGGGGAUAUAUAGGGACCAAGGAGCGAACAGUUCCAAAGUCCUGACGCUGGAUCUGAGGAAAUACGCCUGA